GACGAGUCCUUCCUGAUUCAUUCUGCCUGUCCAUCUCACCGACUGCUGCCAUGGCAUUUGUCGCUCCUCCUGGCUAUCAGCCAGUCUACAGCCCUAAUAUUCCAUAUCUGGGGCCCAUUUAUGGAGGCCUGAGGGAGGGGAUGUCCAUCUACAUCCAGGGCUCCGUUCCAGAGGACAUUACCAGGUUCUUUAUCAACCUGCUCUGCGGAGAGUCCGAGUCCAGCGACAUUGCCCUCCACUUCAACCCUCGAUUUGAUGGCUGGGACAAGGUUGUCUUCAACUCAUGUCAGGAUGGAUCCUGGGGGUCUGAGGACAAGAUUCGUGAUAUGCCUUUCAGUAAAGGCCAGGCUUUUGAAAUGGUCAUCAUGAUUUCUUCACAGGGUUACCAGAUCAAAGUUAAUGGGAAUGACUUCUACACCUUCGAACACCGUGUCCCUGUGGAGAGAGUUUGUGCAAUGCAGGUCGCAGGAGAUGUUUCUGUUCAGACGAUUAACAUCAUAGGGGGUGCUUCAGGUGGCAUGAAUAGGUAUCCUGGAGGAACGGGAGGUGGAAUGGGAGGAGGAAUGGGAGGCGGUAUGGGAGGUGGUAUGGGAGGAGGCAUGGGAGUAAGUAUACCUAAUUUGGGUGCAGAAAAUGAAUUCAACACAGCAUUGUACAGGAUUCAACAUGUUCACAACUUUUUAACAGGGAGGAUAUCCAGGAGGUUGCAUGGGGGUAUGCUAUUUUUUUUUUUUUUUACCUUUGAAGGCAAAUAUUUCUACUUGCCCUUGCUUCUUCUAACUGAUACACAGGGAGGAUAUCCAGGUGGCAUGGGAGGAGGCAUGGAAGGAGGCAUGGGAGGAGGCAUGGGAGGAGGAAUGGGAGGAGGAUAUCCCGGAGGCGGCAUGGGGGGUGGAUAUCCAGGAGGCAUGGGAGGUGGUAUGGGGGGAGGAUUUCCAGGAUCAAACCUGCCGGGCAUGGGUGGGCAGCCAGUCUACAACCCUCCUGUGCCUUACUCCAACAUGAUCCCAGGAGGGAUGUACCCUAAGAGGACCAUCAUCAUCAGAGGCAUUGUACCCUAUGGAGCAGACAGAAUGAGCAUCAACUUCAUGGUGAGCAGAUCUCGGGACGUCGCCUUCCACAUGAACCCCAGGGUGAGGGAGGGGAUUGUGGUGAGGAACAGCAUGAUUGGAGGCGACUGGGGCCAGGAGGACAGAGAGCUCAGCAUGAACCCCUUCAUGGAGGGACAGUACUUCGAUAUGUCGAUUCGCUGCGGGAACCAGAGGUUCAAGGUGUUUGUGAACGGGCAGCACUUGUUUGACUUCUUCCACCGCCUGCAGUCCUUCAAUGAGAUUGACUUGCUGGAGAUAGAGGGCGACGUGCAGAUCUCCUACAUCCACUUCUGAGACUAUGCACCUGUUGUAGUUAUUCUCUAAUUGGGGCUACAUUUCACAUUAAAAAAGCACAAAUGUAAUGUGCUUUCUCAUAAAAGCAAUCAGUGAUUUAUGGUUAAAAAUAUCCACUAACUGCAGAGCUUCAACAUUAGCAACCUUUUUGACAUUUUAAAGGAAAAGCAUAUUUUUGCUAGUUGCCCGUAGGGUCACGUCAACUAUGUUACUCAUGAGUUGGCCCAUACUGGUUGACUAAGUUGACAGCAGACAAUUUAACAAUUUUAGCCCCUAAUUUCAAUGGUAGGCCUAGCAUGGCUGACAACAUGCUGUUGUCUUUAGCAGGUUAAUACCAAAUUUCAACAUACAUUUGAAUUAGAAACAUAAAAGAUCUGUGAACCAUAAAAUGUACGCAACAUAGUUGACGGUCAAUUAAUACAGUCCUACACAAUGCACUGUUACUGACAAAAUAUUUAAAAAUAUGAAAGGACACACACCAUUUUCAAGAUGGCCGCCACUGAGAAAGAUGACAUCCUGUGAUGCUGGUCACAUGGAUUUGGAACAAGCCAUUUCUUAGGUUUUUUUUUUUUUUUUUUUUGUAUUUGAUUUAAAUAUGAAACUCAAUAUAAGAACUUGUUUUUCUAAAGUGUUUAGAGCUUUUAAAUAACAGAUAAUGCUAACUAAUAGUUUUUAAUUAUUUUGAUGUCAAGACCCACUCAACUGAAAAAAUGGAAAUUGCAAAAACUGUUGAUGUGUGCAACAUUGUGCAUAAAAUGUUUGAUUUUAUAAUAGGCUUCCCUUAAUUGGUAAGAAAAUAGUUUUUAAAAAUAUUAUCUUUAAUAGACAUGAAAUGUACCCCCAGUUUUAGAAUCACUCAAAAAAGUUGUACAUUUUCAUUGAUUGUGUGUGUCAUGUCAGCUGUUAUUUGAUCUUUCAGAGUAUAUGUCCUUACCUCAGGUCCUUAAACUUCCAGCUGUGUAUUGCAGAUCUUGAUUAAGACAAAGGUGACCUCAUCAUCGGCUGUAUUGUUGAGUUAAUAAAUGUAAGUAACACGUAUGAUAUAGAUGAGAUAAACGUUGACUACAACAAAGCUCA